AUGAACGGUCAGCUUCGGACCCCUCCGCGGCCGUUGGCUAGCUGGGGCAUCACAGCCCACUACCAUGGUCUCGGCCGCAAGCUUGUUCUCAAGGCUGAGGGUAAGAUUCCCGGAUACUUCCUCCUCCCAUUCUUUGAACAGGAUAUCUGGGACGGCGGCCUUCGCUUUUCUGUCAAGGCUUACAGUGGUGGUUUUGCGAAGCUCCCUAAAGAGAAAGAUGUCAAGUUCGAGUUUGAACUCCCUAUCCUUCUGCCCAUCCCCCAUUUCAACAACAAGUCGGUCCUUGUUGAGACCGCUUUCGGUACUUCCGAGAUCAAGAUCGUCUAUCUUGAAUGGCCUGAGCCUCCUGAGGAUAACGCAGUCGCUGUUCAGUCUGCCGCAGGCGACGCUGCUGCCUCUGACUCAGAGACUAAGGAGCGCAAGAACACUGUCGUUCUUCCGCCCAUUCACUUUUACCUCACGGACGAGGGCCUCCUGCUUCUUUCUGCCUUGAUCCCCAAGGAGCUCAGCUCGGGCGUCAAAAUUGAUUUCAAUCCCGAAUAUGUGAAGCUUGUCGACACAAAGUUUGAGAACGGCUUCAUCAAGUGGGAUAUUUCGUGGGCCAAGAUUCCCACCGGUGCAUCAGACCCUCAGACGGUCCAUGUCAUCGCCACUAUCAAGCAUGACAUCAACCUUCCCGUCAUCCCCCCGUUCCCCAGCGUCACCAUUGUCAUCCAGCCCUACAUUGUCCACCGCAUGUUCAUGUUGUCCGAUAAGAAGGAGUAA